UCCCAGCAGAACUGCAUCUCACCGCUGCAGAUUUCUUUCUGUGUGGGGUUUUCCAGGGGGCGCUGGUCAGCCUCACACAGCGCCGUGUGUAGAAGAAGACUCGUGGAGGAAACAUGGCGGCCGUGUUGUUGUGUUAUGGAACUCUUGCAGUCACCUCGGCCCGUGUUUAGCUUGGUUUUUGUGUGACUCGGUUCCAGCCGGGAGGAUUAUGGCUCACCAGUACCUGCGGCUGUCCGCGGGCUGCAGAAGCCUGGUCCGGCUGCUGCUGCUGCCGCCUGGAGCUCCGACCCGACCGGUGAUGUCAUCAGUCAGUGCUCCACAGGUGGGGAGUGGGCGGAGACUGCUGAGCAACCUGCUGGGAGCCUACAGGAGGCUGAGCUCCAAACCGCCUAAAGGUUUUGAGAAAUAUUUUCCUGACUCGCAGAAGUCGGCCCAAAGCUCUGAAGCUGCAGCCAAAGAACCCAAAGCUGCCAACAGUCAGAAACCACCUGACAAGUCUGGAGGCGGCGCUGCAGGAGGAGGUGGGCAACGAGGAGGUCGCAAGGAGGAGUCCAGCUGGUACAGCCGCCUGCAGAAGGGGGACAUUCCCUGGGACAAUAAGGAGUUUUGGACCUACUCGCUGUGUGGUCUGGUGUUCUCGGCUGCUAUCAUGUACUACUUCCUACGGGACGGAGUUCGAGAAGUAACAUGGAAGGAGUUUGUCAACAACUACCUGUCCAAAGGAGUGGUGGACCGGUUGGAGGUGGUCAACAAGCGUUACGUUAAAGUGGUGUUCUCAGCAGGACAGAUGCCGGCAGACGGGCAGUACGUCUGGUUCAACAUCGGCAGUGUGGAUACCUUCGAGAGGAACCUGGAGGCGGCUCAGAAUGAGCUCGGCAUCGAGAGUGAGAACCACCUGCCUGUGGUUUAUACCACCGAGAGCGACGGCUCGUUCCUGCUCAGCAUGAUCCCCACGCUGCUCAUCAUCAGCUUCUUGCUCUUCAUGAUGCGGCGUGGCUCUGCAGGAGCGGGCCGGCCCAGCAGGGGGCUAGGCGGGCUCUUCAGAGUCAGCGAGACCACGGCCAAGGUUCUGAAGGACGAGAUCGACGUCAAGUUCAAAGACGUGGCGGGCUGCGAGGAGGCCAAGUUAGAGAUCAUGGAGUUUGUUAAUUUCCUGAAGAACCCCAAACAGUACCAGGACUUAGGAGCCAAGAUUCCCAAGGGGGCCAUCCUGACGGGGCCUCCAGGAACCGGUAAGACUCUUCUGGCCAAAGCGACGGCCGGUGAGGCCAACGUUCCCUUCAUCACUGUGAACGGCUCAGAGUUCCUGGAAAUGUUUGUGGGCGUCGGCCCAGCCAGGGUAAGAGAUCUGUUUGUCCUGGCAAGAAAGAAUGCUCCCUGCAUCCUCUUCAUCGAUGAGAUCGAUGCCGUUGGGCGAAAGCGAGGCCGUGGGAACUUUGGAGGUCAGAGCGAGCAGGAGAACACUCUGAACCAGCUGCUGGUGGAGAUGGACGGGUUCAACACGGCCACCAACGUGGUGGUUCUGGCUGGAACCAACAGACCUGACAUCCUGGAUCCGGCUCUUCUGAGACCUGGACGCUUUGACAGGCAGAUUUAUAUAGGUCCACCUGACAUCAAGGGACGGGCAUCCAUCUUUAAAGUCCACCUGCGUCCUCUAAAGCUGCACCCUGAUCUCAACAAAGAUGCUCUGGCCAAGAAGAUGGCUGCUCUCACACCUGGAUUUUCAGGUCUGGAGAAGAAGACUCAGGUCCUGCAUCCGGAGGAGAAGAAGACGGUGGCGUAUCACGAGGCGGGUCACGCUGUGGCCGGGUGGUUCCUGGAACAUGCAGACCCCCUGCUCAAGGUGUCCAUCAUUCCUCGGGGGAAGGGCUUGGGUUACGCUCAGUACCUGCCCAAAGAGCAGUACCUGUACACCAAGGACCAGCUGAUGGACCGCAUGUGCAUGACUCUGGGGGGCCGGGUCUCCGAGGAGAUCUUCUUUGGACGGAUCACCACCGGAGCACAAGACGACCUGCGGAAGGUCACGCAGAGCGCCUACGCUCAGAUUGUUCAGUUUGGGAUGAACCCAAAGGUGGGCCAGGUGUCCUUUGACCUGCCUCGGCAGGGCGAGAUGGUUCUGGAGAAACCAUACAGUGAAGCCACGGCCCGUCUCAUUGACACUGAGGUCCGAGUCCUGAUCAGUGAGGCGUACCAGAGAACCCAACAACUGCUGAACGACAAAAAGGCCGAGGUGGAGAAGGUGGCCCAGCGACUCUUGGAGAAGGAGGUUCUGGAUAAGAACGAUAUGGUGGAACUUCUGGGCAGACGGCCGUUUGCUGAGAAGUCCACCUACGAGGAGUUCGUGGAGGGGACGGGCGGCGAGGACGAGGACACCACUCUGCCAGAAGGUCUGAAGGACUGGAACCAGGACCGGAGGACCACAGAGUCCAGUCCAGAAGAACAGGUGGCCCGCCAGAUAUCUGGAGAAAUGCCCUUCUAGAACCUUUUGCUGAGGUUCUGGGUUCUGCUGCACCACAGUCACCAAACCAAGAAGAAAGUUCUGCUCCUGGAUGUUCUACACCAGACACGAAUGUUUAAAGGUUCUGUUGGGUUCUGUUCUCAUCACCUCUGCCACGGUCCAGAACCUUUCUGAAGUCUGUGUUCUCUGGAGAACUCUCUUUACAGAACCAUCAGAACCGAAGUCUGCACACACAAACUGUAACAGAACCUUUAAAGUUCUGAUUAGGUUCUGUCUUUAAUGGUACCAGAGUUCUGGUUCUGGCUUCAUUUCAGAACACCACAGCAAGUUCUUUUCCACAAAGACUGAAAAGCCAAGGACCGACCCAUCAGAACCAUCAGAACCGUCAGAACCGUCACUGGGCCAACACGUUGGGCUUUAGGUUUUCUUCAGGGGUCCAGAGGUUCUGAAGUUCUCCUCCUCAGAAGUUCUGAGUCUUUCCAGAACCCAGACAGGGUUUGUAGAAGUUUUCAGGCUUUCAUAAAGUCCCUGAUCCACAACCAGAACCAGUUCUGCUCCGCUCCAACGUGGACUGGUCCUGGUCUGAAGCCUGGUUCUCCUGAUGGGCAUCAAAUCAAGCAGAACCUGAUCAGAGUUCAGUUUCCUGGCUGUGGCUGCAGUAAUGAUGUCAUUUCCUGUUGUUGAUCAGUUUAAUUAUUUAAAAUGUUACUGAUGAAAUGUUUGUCCUGCUUUAUUAUUAAAGCUGCUUAAUAAAAGUCUGUGCUUCUGCUUUAA